GUAAACUUCAAAUAUUGAAUAGCUAAACUUAUAAAGGAAUACUUUUGUUUUAUGAACAAAAAAAAAAAAGAAUAAUAAUAAACGAAGAAAAAGAUCAUCACAUGUAGAGAAAAUCAAAGCUUUUUCUGUUAGAAUGACAGUUGGUAGACCAUAACUUCCCGUUUCAAAAGGCGCAAUCUUAGUAAUCUCUGUCUAUUUCAGAUCCAUUAAGUCUUUGUCAGAUCUCCUUUCUUGUCUAACUGCUCCUAUAUGACUAUUUCUAAGCUUCUUCCUCCAAAUGCCUAAUAAACUAAACACACAAUAAUUGUAACCAAAAAGUUGUAUAGUAGAUUAAUACUCCAAGAAUUUGAGCCUGUUUUGUCUAUUGCUUAUUCAUUCAGUACUAGUGAGUUUGAAACUUGUCCCGCUAGUAACUAAACUGCAGUUUCAGAAUCAUUGCACAACUUUCUGCGGCUUGGAGUUGGACGAAGUUGAUUUAGCAGAGAGACGAGUCGGCUAUUCCUGGCUCAUUAUCAGACAAUCACUUACUCACAAACUUUGUGCGGAAAAAUAGCUUUGUCGAUAUGAUACUUCCCAUAUCCUACUUCCAGUAUUAAUACAGUUCACAAUUCCUUGGUGAAAUUGGUUACUUUUGAAGAUGGAUUUUACAACCGGAAAGUUAUCAAAUGAACACCAAGAACAACUACGAUCUGCUUCAGAAAGUGCAGAUCCAUUAUCAGUAUCCCCAUUACAGAUAUCUCCAAAAUCACCAUGCUCCCCGAAGUCCCCGAAGUCCCCAAAGUCCCCAAAAUCUCCAAGGUCCCCAAGGUCUCCCGGUGAUCGUCACACCAAGCAUGGCUCAGACAGGGGAAGUCCCCUUAAAAAUAAAAAAAAUUCACAUUCCCCAAGAGAUGGUCGUCCAAAGAAAGGAGGAUGUGGAGGUAAAGGCACUUGGGGUGGAUUAAUGGAUACCGAUGAUGUCCAUGCUAUUGACCCCAAUGAUCCAAACUACACUAGUAGUGAGGAUAUUGAGAGAACAACAAGUACUAAAGGUAUGGUUGCAGCAUUUGAGGAAUACAAAAAGAAGGCAAUAAUAUUAGUGGAAGAAUAUUUUCAGAAUGAUGACAUAACAUCCACAGCCAAUGAAUUAAGAGAACUUGGGAUGUCUUGUUAUGACUUCUACUUUAUUAAAAAGCUAGUAUCAAUGUCUAUGGACAGACAUGACAAAGAAAAAGAAAUGGCAGCUGUUUUAUUAUCUGCUCUUUAUGCUGAAGUUAUCAAACCCCAACAAGUCUACAAAGGUUUCAGUAAACUCUUGGAAUCUGCAGAUGAUUUCAUCGUAGACAUUCCUGAUGCAAUCGACAUUCUCGCGUUGUUCAUUGCAAGAGCAGUUGUUGAUGAUAUACUUCCUCCUUCAUUUUUAGCAAAAGCAAAUUCUUCUCUGCCUAAAGAUUCAAAGGGAAUUGAGGUGAUUAAAAGAGCUGAAAAAAGUUACCUUUCCGCUCCUUUACAUGCUGAAAUCAUCGAGCGUCGAUGGGGUGGAAGUAAGAAUAAAACAGUUGAAGAUGUGAAGGACAAGAUCAAUAAUUUGCUUAUUGAGUAUGUGGUAAGUGGAGAGAAAAAUGAGGCUUGUAGAUGUAUUAAGGAUUUGAAUAUGCGCUUUUUCCAUCAUGAAAUUGUUAAGAGGGCUAUUAUCAUGGCAAUGGAAAAGCAACAAGCGGAAAAUCGCCUUUUGGACUUACUAAAGAAGGCUGGAGAAGAAGGUUUGAUAAACUCAAGUCAAUUAUCAAAGGGGUUCAAUAGGAUUAUUGACAAUAUCGAUGACCUGUCACUUGACAUACCAAAUGCAAGGGUGAUUUUUCAGUCCAUAAUUUCUAAGGCAGCAUCGGAGGGUUGGUUAUGUAUUUCAUCUUUAAAGUCGUUAUCGACACAACUUGAAAAGCAAGAAAUUGAUGAAAAGCUUGUGAAAGAGUUCAAAUUAAAAGCUAUAUCCAUGAUCAAAGAGUACUUUUUAUCAGGUGAAAUUGUAGAAGUAAGUAGGUUUUUAGAGUCGGAGAACAGUUUGUGUUUGGCAGAGCUAAACUCGAUAUUUGUGAAAAAGUUGAUAACUUUGGCUAUGGACAGGAAAAACAGAGAGAAAGAGAUGGCAUCUGUUUUAUUAUCAUCUGUCUGUUUUCCAGCAGAUGAUGUGGUAAAUGGCUUUGUAAUGUUAAUAGAAGCAGCGGAUGAUACAGCUUUAGACAUUCCAAUUGUUGUUGAGGACUUAGCGAUGUUUUUGGCUAGAGCAGAAGUAGAUGAAAUUUUAACUCCACAACAUAUGGAAGAAAUUGGGAGUCAAUUUUUCGAGCCGAAUUCAAUAGGGAACAAAGUUGUACUAAUGGCAAAAUCUUUGCUAAAAGGUAGAUUAUCUGGUGAAAGAAUACUAAGGUGUUGGGGUGGUGGUGGAAGUAGUACAAAUGGAUGGGCAAUAGAAGAUGUUAAGGAUAAAAUAAGAAAAUUACUAGAGGAAUUUGAAUCUGGAGGAGAUGCAAAAGAAGCAUAUAGAUGCAUAAAGGAACUAGGAAUGCCAUUUUUUCACCAUGAAGUUGUGAAGAAAUUAUUGGUGAUUAUAAUUGAGAAGAAAAAUGAGAGGUUAUGGGGUUUUCUCAAAGAAUGUUUUAGUAUGGGACUAAUAACUAUGUACCAAAUGACAAAAGGUUUUGCUAGAGUUGCAGAAUCACUUGAUGAUUUGGCACUAGAUGUACCAGGUGCUGAAAAACAAUUUAAAGUUUAUGUUGAAAGAGCUGAGGCUGAAGGAUGGUUAGAUUCCACUUUUAGUUUCAAUAGACUUGGACAUCCCAUGGAAAAUGGCUUUUGCUGAAUGAUUUCUAAGGUUUGUCUUUUCCUUUCUUUUCAGGACCACAUAAUGUUUAGCAACAUCAUCCAAAUUGUUCUAGCAAAUUGGAUUUCUUUACAUGGACAAUAGAGAUUAUAAAGGGGGAGACAGUCAUGAAUAUGCUCUAAAUUAAAGUUGAGGAAGCAGAGAUGAAAGCCUAGAAAAAUGCUUAGCAAAAGAGAUCAAUUACUUCCAUCAUCUUUAUACGUCCAUGUUGAUUUUUGUCUUAAGGCUAAUAAUUUAAUUGUUACAUGUACUAUUGAAUUUUUUAAAACUAUAAUGUUAAUUUUACCAUUUUCA